AUGGACCAACAAUUUUCAUUGUCUUGGAAUAAUUUCCACGGAAACCUGAGCAGGGGAUUCGCCGGUUUAUUAGGCAAUGGUGAAUUUGUUGAUGUAACGAUUGCUGUCGAAGGCCAUUUGCUGCAAGCACAUAAAGUUAUUCUGUCAAUAUGCUCACCAUAUUUCAAAAAAAUGUUCCAAUUGAAUCCAUGUCAGCAUCCUAUUGUAGUUUUAAGAGAUGUCACUCAUAAAGCCAUGAGAGAUUUAUUACAAUUCAUGUAUCAUGGUGAAGUAAGUGUGAAAAGAGAAGAUCUCACUAGUUUUAUUGGUACAGCUGAAGUUCUGCAAAUAAAAGGAUUAACACAUAAAGAGACUGAUGAAGAAGUGUUUGACACAGAAAGAGAAUCAACAAAACAAAACCUAGGACCUCAAAAUGAUAGUCCUGACGCUGAAUCAUACACCUCAGACAUUUACGACCCAAACAUAAAUGAAGUAACAGAAAACAAUGAAGAUUUACUUAAGAAAAGACAGUUAUUAGAAAAAAUACACAGGCUGAGUAGUUUGAAACGAAAAUCUGAUGAAUUUUUACAGAAAAACUAUUACAGUGAUCCCAUCACCGAGAAAAGAGUCAAGGUAGCUGAUAAAAAACUGUAUAAAGUGAACAAUCAUUUGUUGCAAAGCAGCAAUUAUGAAAACAAGAAUGUAUAUGAUAACAAUCCUACAGAAGUAACUACUCCGUUAAAUCAAAUUCAAAACUCUGGUUCUGAUAAGGAACUAUCUGAUGGUGGUCAAAAUGUAGCGACCGAUAAUCGUAUAGAAUUAAAAACUGAGUGUGAUGAUAGUGAUAUUACAGUUAUUGACCCAGCAGUGUGCACAACGAAAGACUACACUUGUCCCAGAGAUGGCAAAAAAGGAUUAUCAAUACCAUUGGAAUAUCAAUCACCACAGGAAAAUUGUACCGGUUUGAGCGCAUUUUUAAUGGAUCUCAAAAACUUAGUUAAUGGCAAAAUUAAUAACACUUUGAGGAGUGAGGAAUUUCCGAGGCAUUCCCUAGAACAUCGUCUUAUUACAAUACCACAAAAGGAAGAUGGGAAAAAGAAAUAUCCCCAAAGAUCUUGUAGACUUUGUUGGCGGCUAGGCAAACGACGUGAUACUAGAUUUAUGUGUAGUGCUUGUGAAUUACCAUUUUGCAAAACUCCAUGUUUUGAAAUUCAUUUCAAUGAUAUGUUUAAGGCACCACAUAUGCAAGGAGAUUAUUAUGCAACUUGA